CUCGCCGUCACUUUCCUCCCGCGGACUAGGGCUUACUUCGUCGCCUUCUCCGACAUCCUCCAUUGAUUUUGAGGAUUGAAUUUGAAGACAGAAUUGAGAGAUGAUUUUUGAUGAAAGGGAUAAGAUUUCAGCAGAUUGCUUCAUGGAAAUGGAGCAUGUAAGUGGGCUUGAGAUAAUUAACGAAAAGUUCGAAUCCCCUUCUUCAAAAUCUUCCUGCUUGGAGGAUAAAAAUGAUCUGGAGGUGAAGGAUUCUUCAUGCCAAGUUUCCUGUCUAGAUAAAGGCCAGGAAUGCGAAUUCAAAGAUGUCCUGCCAUUGCGGCCGGUGAAGUUGAGCUUGUUUGAUUCUUCGAUUCAUUUCCAGAAUGACGGAUUAACUGAAACCUCUUCUUCAUCAUCCGAUCAAACUGAGGAUGAAGAGAUGAUUUCAGAAAUUCAGACUCCAACUAAAACGAUAUUCGAUCCUUUUGCUCCGGGUGCAGAUGAUUUAAUGCUCGCGCCAAAGAAAAAGAAGUCAAGGGAUUCGUAUGCUCCUCUUCGGAGGCGGUUGAAUUUUGAUGCUGACAGUGACUCUAAUCAAAAUGCAGCAGGUGAUCCAUUGAAGGAUUUUGAUGAAGAGGAGCUGCAAUUUUGGGAGUCAAUCUCUAAUUCUUUGUUUGAAAUGAUCAUCUCGAGUCAACUCAAAGAGAUUUCAGAUGAGGCCAUGGUGGCAGAUUCUGAUUAUCUCGAAGGCUGCCAGACACCUUCAUCGUCUCCAUUGUUGUCUGGUGUUGCAGAAACUUGCCCACCUGCUCCUAUGAGACCAAAAUUGAUCUUAGGGAAACAACAAAGCGAUAAACUCUGUAGAAAGCUGGACUUUGGAAGCAAUUUGAGCUGAACAUUCAGUUGUGGUGCAAAUCAGUUAAUGGCUGCAUAAUUGUGUGGAUUAACAAAUGCUACUGGUUUUUCUUUACUAAUGAUGAUUCAUGGAGAUCUAGUUUUUUAAAGUUUUGUGAGAGGUGGUUGAAUCAGUAUUUGGUAAGGUUUAAGUGCUAAAUUAUGGGGGAUUAAUUAUUGUUUCUGGUUUUGGUUACUAAACAUGUGAAGAUCUAUAGUAAUUGUUUCUAUGUAACUUGUGUAUUUGUUAGACUCAUUGUGAUGUUUAAGUAUGUAUGAGAGAUAGGAGGAUUUUGUGGAUCAUUGUAAUUAUUCUCUUAUG